AUGGCCGCUGAGAUAACCUUGUGGCUUGAGUUGCCACAGCGUGGGUUCAAAUUUCACUCAGAAAAGAACCCCAACCCUCGUUAUCAGGUAUCAGGCGAGAACUGUCCGCACUGCACAAAGACCCCGUUCCUGCGAUACCCACAGCCCUUCCUCCACCAGUCGCGCCAAGUCCCUCCACAUACCAUGACGCCCUCUCUCGUCGAAAUUCCUACUCCACCCACUUCAAAUCAUUCCGUAAAUUCGGCUACCUCUUCCGCAACAAAAACGAGGCUGGCUGAUCCGCCGAACCCACCGCAGCAACAGACGGGGGAGGUCGGUUACGAGACAGAUUCGUCCAACUUCUUCCAACAAGGCGAAGCUCUGGACGCCGAACGGGCUCGCACCUACAGC